UGUUUGUUCGUUUUUGGGUUCUUGCCAGCGCUAGCACUGGGAACAGUAGCUAGCGGUGAGCGACAGUUAGUUUGCUGUCGACUUUUCAACGGUUCAGUGCUUCGUACUGCUUACUCGCUACUUGUAGGAGCACGCGGUUUAGAAUAGACAUUUGAAAGCGUUGCUUGUUGUGUAAAAAUGUUAAGUGAAUAAGUGCAUAUGUAUACAUAUAUGUGUACACACGUACAUACACUAUACUGUGUAGAAAUUUGUAUAUGUUUGAAAAUAUAUUUUUAUUAAACAAAAAGUGAAUAAAAAAAAAAGAUAGCGUGCAAUACAGUGUGACAGAAAUUAUUUACAAUAAAAGCUGAACAUAGCAUUUGAAUUUCUUGUACUCCGUAAUGGAGGGUGCCCGACCUCUGGAAACGAAUACAGCUAAUAAGCUAACGAAAUUCUCCACUCCCUUUUCCAUCGAAAGUCUGAUCGCCACUCAUCAUCACCAGCAGCAGCAGCAGCAACAACAACAACAACAGCAACAACACGAUCACGAAAGAAGCACACAAAUGUUGGCAAGCGUCAACAACCGCGACCAAGACGAGCUGAGUGCACGCGCGUUGGUCGCCACAUCUGCCUUAGGUCUAACAAAUUUCCCCUUCUACAAUCCCUGGCUCCACGGCUACUUCGCACAGAAUCACGAUCGGCUAACGCAGUUGAUAUCUAGCGGCUGUUACCUUACAAAUUUCGCCAAAGCUGAGCAGAAUGUAGGUGCGGCGCCACUGCCACCACCUUUGCUCGGCGCCCAACUAGCGACGAAAAGUGCACCUUCGCUGCCACCUCACCCGCAUGCAAUGCCAAUAAGUGCUAGCUCCAGUAAUGCCGAUCAUACGCGGGCGUUACCGUCGGUGCCAACACAUCCGCUAGAUCCUCAAAUGCCAGCGCGUUUUCUCUUCAAUCCGUCGGAUGCGAAUUAUCGCGAAAAGCUUUUACUAACCAGUUUCGGUGGUCUUCGAGAGGUUAAUGCCGCUGCAAGCGCGUCACAACCGUCCGUUGCCAGCGAUUUAAGUGCCGAUCAGCAACAUGCAUAUGCGGAAUGCAUGGGUGAUGAUUAUGUCCACAACUUAACGGUGCAUACGCGUCUGCAAAGCCCCAACAAAAGUAGCUCGAUGCCAAGUGAAGCCAAUGCUAGUGAUUUGACGUUGGGCGCUUCAUCCGCCUCCAGUUGUGGGAAUACAAAUAGUCGCGACUCGGUGAAAUCGCAUACGUCCGAAGCGUUGCUGGAUGUGGGCAUGGAUGAGGAUUUCGAUUGCAGUGGAGAUUCUUGUAGUGACAUAAGCCUUACGAUGUCGCCGAAGAACUACAGCACUGAUAUGGAUAAGAGCAGAGGCUACACACACUCUGAUAGUGAAGACUGUUCCGAUGACGAAGCGACGGGUGGUCAUAGCGAUUUGAAUAAGGAUUCCGGUAGCAAUUGUGGCGGUGGAAAUUCCAAAUCGCGUCGAAGGCGCACCGCUUUCACCUCCGAGCAACUGCUGGAACUGGAAAGAGAAUUCCAUGCGAAGAAAUAUUUAAGCCUGACCGAGAGAAGUCAAAUAGCGACAAGCCUUAAACUCAGUGAAGUACAGGUGAAAAUCUGGUUUCAAAAUCGUCGUGCCAAAUGGAAGCGCGUGAAAGCUGGUCUCACAUCGCAUGGGCUCGGCCGUGGUACUGGCGGCGGCACCAAAAUUGUCGUACCCAUACCAGUGCAUGUGAAUCGUUUUGCGGUGCGAUCGCAACACCAACAAUUGGAGAAAAUGUGCCUGAGUGGUCCAAAACCUGAUCUGCGCAAGAAAAUGCCCACCGAACUAAGUGGCUUCGAGAAAUUCAAUGCCGCCAAUGGCGUGGUGGCGAGCUUGAGCAAUGGCAGCGCCGCUGGUAUUCUGAGCGCUACGGCGACGCCGGCAGCAUUAUUGGCGGCAGCGAAUAUGGCGGCGGCGAAUACAGUGACGGGUACUUUGGCUUUAGCGCGUAGUAUUUAUUGAAGUGGUUUCAGUUACUCGACGGUAGUUAGAUGAUAAUUUUACGUUAUUUUGAGAUUUUAAACUAAAUAAUUAAAUAGUUCUAAUUUAUUUGGAUGUUUUUUUAGUUUUAUUUAAUUGUGUU